AAUAGCUCGUUAAUGAGUGCGAUGUCGGCGAAAAGAGUGCGACUGUAUCAUCAAAACCCCACAGUGCAGCUGCGCCAAACCGACCAUCGACAAAGAUCUCCACCACACGGGAGCCAAAUUCUGUAGGACACGUCCGCGCGCGCGACUGUCCGAGAGAUGCCCUCAGUUCGCUGUGCGGAGCAGGUAGCUGUUGAAAGGCACAGUUGGCAUCUUCAGACUGGUCGAUAACCAGUAGGUAGAAGCAGGGCCGCUCAGUGACGACCAAUCAGCAGCCUGGGUCCCCCUCAUGACAACAUCCCCACCAGACGUCACCGCCGCGCCACAAAAGACGUUGCCACAGAAGCCGAAUAGGAAUCCGGCUGGCUUCGCACACGCGGAAAACUCAAUCUCAUUUGUAGCGGUUCCUCGGCUUGUCAACGGCCUCAGAGAUUGUUGAUCUCAGCUUUUUUUGCAAAGGCCUCACUCAGAAAAAAAUUUUCAGGACACAAAUCAUCAGACGUUUUUGGAACACGCGUAACGGUGCGGGCGAUGCGAUGGCGAGCCGUAGCGGGAGCUUCCUCCUGCUGCUGCUGGCUUACCACUGCUGCCUGCUGGCGGACGGGGAAGCGCUCCGGUGCCCUGCCGAUUGCCUGUGCCGACAGGAAAAGGGGGAAGUUGAGUGUGAGAGACCGAACACCUUGAGAGCCAUCCCCGGUCCGGCCGACGUCAACAACAUCGACAAAGUCAAAGAGCUGUACAUCAGCGGUCAACAAGGUCUGACCAAGCUAACAAGAGAACAGUUAGCGCACUACAAGGGACUGAUAAAACUUGUCAUCAAGAACAGCAACAUAUCUACUAUUGAAGAUGGCGCCUUCAAGAACAACACUAACCUGACAAUGAUCGACCUGCGGAAUAACAAACUGACUGUGCUGCGACGGACCUUGUUCUCAAACCUGAGGCUUGCAGAACUGUUGAUAAGCAACAACCCGCUGGCCUGCAACUGCAGCUCUAAGUGGAUACAGCUUUGGCAGAGCCAGUCGAGAGCCAGUUUUCAUACUGAGAAGAUCACCUGCACAAGAAACACGGACGGCAAUACACAGACCUUAGACAUCAGGGACUUACAGCUGGAUUCUAGCUGCCGUCUACCGACGGCUACGGUGCUAACUCGGGAAGUGACCAUUAAUAAGACACAAGACGUGGUGGUGACGUGUGAAGCCUCGGGCAGCCCCGAGCCGACCGCCGAGUGGGACACAGCACGGCUCCGCUCCAAGUUCACCGUAGAGAUAGACGAGCUGGGCAGACGGCAGGUUCUGACCAUUCACAACGCCAGCGAGGACGACAAUGGAAACUUGACCUGCAUUGCCAAGAACAUGGUUGGAAUAUCCCCAGCAAACUUCAGUUUGAAGAUCAACGCUCCUCCUCGGAUUCGCAGUCUGGAUUAUAAGCAACUCUUCCACAAGAGCAUCUGCUACGACGUUCACGGGUAUCCGUUGCCGAGUCUGCGCUGGUACAAGGGCAGUAAAUUGUUCACGACCAGAAACUAUCCCGUGUCUAUCCAAAUGAGUAGGCUGGAGCCUUACGAGAGUGCCGGCUGUCUGAAGUUCGAGGUUACCUCUCACGUCUACAAUGGGAACUAUACUCUCGUGGCAACCAACACGUAUGGACAAACCAGCAGAUCCCUCGUGGUCACCUUCAUGAGACCUCCGCCAGAUAGGACAAUUGCCAUCCGGGACCCAACCAGCUCAUCCUACAAUGGAACACCCGGGCCAACCACAGAUGAUAACGUACCAGAAAACCAGAUAACGACAUAUACACGAAUAGAGACCUACAUCGCCGUGGCUGUAUCCUCGGUAGUGUUCAUCGUGGUGGCCAUUGUGCUGUACUGCAUGAGGUCGCGGAAGAUCAGCCGGAGGGAGUGUAACGUGAACGGCUCUGCCGCGCCCCUGCAGCGCUCCACCAGCGAGUCGAACGGGGAGGUAGUUUCCCGGGACUCCCUGCGGCUCAGCAGACUCCACGUGGUGGAGAAUCCAAACUACUUCCGGGACUCUAAAGAACUCGUCAUCCGCCACAUCCAGCGCGACACCAUCCACUUCGUGGGCGAGCUUGGCGAGGGCGCCUUCGGCAGAGUGUACCUCGGCAAAUGUGAGAAGCUCAACGCCGACGAAGAUUCAUCUCUGGUCGCGGUGAAGACGCUGAAGGACAUGGGGGUGGAGGAUGCGCGGAAGGAUUUCGAUCGGGAAGCGGAGCUACUGACCAACAUGCAGCAUGAGAACAUCGUCAAGUUCUACGGAGUCUGCACGGAGGGAGAGCCCUGGCUCAUGAUCUUUGAGUACAUGGAAAACGGCGACCUCAACAACUACCUGAGAUCUCACGGUCCGGACGCAGCUUUCCUCAUCAAGAACCCGGCCACUCACAAGGAGCUGAGCGUGGUGGAUCUGCUGCAGAUCUCCGUGCAGGUCGCCGCCGGGGUGGAGUACAUGGCGUCGCAGCACUUCGUGCACCGGGACCUGGCCACCCGUAACUGCCUGGUGGGGGAGAACCUCGUGGUGAAGAUCGGGGACUUCGGCAUGUCCCGCGACAUCUACAGCACCGACUACUACAGAGUUGGGGGACACACCAUGCUGCCCGUACGAUGGAUGCCACCGGAAAGCGUGCUCUACCGGAAGUUCACCAUCGAAAGUGACAUCUGGAGCUUCGGCGUUGUAUUAUGGGAAAUCUUUACGUUUGGGAAGCAGCCAUGGUAUGAGCUGGCCAAUCACGAGGUGAUCGAGUGCAUCACCAGCGGCAGACUGCUGGCGUGCCCGCGAGGCUGUCCUCGGAACGUGCGGGCCCUCAUGCUCGGCUGCUGGAAGAAAACCCCCGUCCAGCGCACCAACAUCCAGGACAUCCACAAGAAGCUCAAGGAAAUGUUGGAGAACCGCCACCAAGUUCAGGUUGACAUUGUCGCCUAAGAAAGAAAGUGCCUGGGAGAAAAGAGCAGGGGAAAUGAAAACGUUUCAGCGAUGUAGUUUACCAAUGAGUGCCAUCGGUUGUAUAAGAUAGCCUUCUGAGCUAUCUCAGAACAAUGCGGACAAGCUUGACUAUCAUCCACACGCUACAGUACAGAUGGAGUAUCAAUAUGAAUUCGGACUUGGUCGAAUUAGAGAUGAGCCAAUGCCCUUCGUGUAUAUAUGUCUGACUUAAUUACUGAUAACUUUAACGUUGGUUUUGUACCACAUAGAGCUGCCUUAAGCUGACAUCUGUAGUGUAAAUCCGUACCUGCUUCACAUGAGCUGAGAUCAUGUGAACAGUCAGACGAAGGUAAUGUUGUAACUCUAGUAUAUGUCCGUUGCAGGGCACUAGAACAAUGCUCAUAUUGUGUACAGUACUAUUACAAGAACGGACAUUGUAAAAAGGCGAUCAAAGGAACAAUGACGUUAUGAACAUCUGAACCUGUGAGAAGACAAAGGUUUUGACCACGACUGAAAAAAAAAGAGUCCAAAGGUUUUUUUAUGGCGGUGACAUGAUUUGUACAUGACAAUGCCAACGUUUUAAAACUUUUCUACGAACAAUUUCUGGACCGAACGGUCAAAGUAAUGAAGGUAAAUACCGUGAAAAUGGUAAAUAGCAUGUUGUGCUUAUAGUAACUUGGGCCGCAAGGCUGAGAUACCUGCUGGAUGCGUUGGAAGGCAGUCCAUCAUAUCGGAGAUAACCUUACUUAUCCACCUGUUUGUUAUCUAAUUGACAGGCAAGUGUUGGAAAAUGAGAGAACUAUGAAAGAGUAAGAACUAUAUCAUCGUGGCUUAUCGGACUACAAACAACUAAGUAACAUUAAUAUUGUGAUAGGUUAGUUGUAUGGACGUCCGUGAUGUGUUUUUGUACAUAGCUCGAAGAAUGUUAAUAAUAUAUAUCGAGUAGUCGAAUAGUAGAGAUAUUUUUAAGUGAUGGAAGCAUGUUACAACUGUAUCCAAUGCUUACACAAUGCUUACACAGAGGCUUCCUGAACCGCUUUAAAGUGUGAUGAUGUAAAAACACAACAUAUAACAACAAUGUUUGUAACAGCAUUCUUGCUGCUCUACUUAGAUAUUUCAGUAUUAACGUAACAGAUCCUUGGAAUGUAUCAGAGAUGUCAUGUUGAUCCGUCUUAGUCGCUGACAAGUUUGAGUGAAGCAGUACGUGACUGUGAUCCAUAUAUUGUUCUCUUAAAUGCUGAAGUGUACAUAGAGUACAUAUCAGAAUACUGACACUGUACGGCACGUAACAAUUGUGCAAAGUCAGGCAGUGUUCAUGUCAGCUAUGGUAUGUGCUACGGUGUCAUUGUACUUAUUGCACUGAGUCGGACGUUCAGAAUUUGACUCUUGCUUGAAAAGAAAACAGGUCUCAAACGACUUGCUCUACGUUCGUUGAUGUGUAAAUUUAGGAUAGGCACUGAUGGCGUAUUGUUUGAUGUGUUGACCUAUGAUGUAGACGCGAAGUUGUACUUUAUAUAUGUAGUGUAAGGCUGAAUACUAGUAUCUUUGGGCGGAGACGUUGUUAAAUAAAGU